AAAGAAAAGUUUGUAAAUUUUUCGAUUCGUCGAAAGUUAUUAAACGUUUAUAUACGCGCGCGGACGAGAUCGCCUAAAAAGCGGAAUUGCGAUCGAGUAAAGCGAGAGAAGAAGGAAUCGGUGGGGAAGGCGAGAGGAAGGAUCGGAGGAAUCCGAGACCCGCGACGGACCAACGUAUGAAGCGAAGGGUCGAAAGGCACGAGAAGUAUGUAUGGGUACUUGACGGCAUUCCGGGGAGGAUGACCAUCUACGGGCCGAGUGGCGGGACGCUUUUCGUCGACCCUGUCGAAAAUGCGUCGUCCUCUUAAGUGCACGCGCUCUGCCGAUUCGCCGUUUUCUUCACGCUUUACUUUUCGCUCCAGAGAUGUUAUCGUCUAGAGAAAGUGACGGCUGACUCGCCACGUGCUCCCAACUACGACCGUCGCGUUCCAUCUUUCGUAUAUAUACAAAGGAGAUCCUCACCUUGUCGAUCACCCAUCAUGCAUCGAGAUGGUGGGAAAUUUCCAACCCAGAAAAGUACUCGGAUCCAAACUGUCAACUCUCAGGAAACACCAAUUGAUAGGAAAGACCUAACUGGAUCCCGCCGGAUUUUUGCUUCAGGACAACAUGCAGAAGAUAUUGGUAUUCAGCGAAGUGAAGGCAAAAAAUGCAUUUGGUCAUUAUUUCGCUCAGCUGAAACCAAAGAGUAUCCAUCUUUUGGUAGGCCUAUACGAAGCAGCUAUGCAUGGUCCACAGGACGGAAAGAGGAUAAAAUACUUUCACAUGAAAAAAAUAAAUUACCAUCAAAAGGCAUCCAACGAGUACAUAAAGCAAAAUUGGGAUUUGGAAAUUCUAGGACUCAAAACACUGAGACAGCUAUUGAUCAUAAAGAACAAGAGAGAAAAAUGCUAGAAGAAUUUGUUUUAGACGACAAUGAAUUAUGUCUUUUUAAUUUUUAUGAUAUUCCUGUUGAUGUCACAAAGCAUUAUCGGAUGAGAAAAUCAGCUAAACUAAAAACUGUGUCAAUUAUAGACACAUUAAGUGAACUGGCACUUGGUGCUGUCGAUCGGGAAGAUGAUACUGGAGCUGUAUCAUCUUGUGCAAUGAAUGAACCAAUAACUACCACUUCCUAUCUUAAUCAUAUUACAUCUAAUCAUUCCUCUUGUGGUAUAGCUAAUUUAAAUAACUGCAAGAUUAAAGAUAAAUUGUUUGUUUCACCAUCAUUAAUUAGAAAAGAAAUUCAUUCAAAAGAAGGUUCAACUGUACAAGCUACAAAUUUUGGUCAAUCACUCUUUUCUGAUUAUUGUGGAAAGUCCCAAUCAAAUGAAUUGUUAGUUACAAAUACUUCUGAAUCUGAACAAGAAAGUAAAGCUAAUCGAAAAGGGAUUAAAAGUAUCAAUAGUGAUUUUAGCAAAGAUUUUUUGUCAUCAAAUUUACCUCUUUCUUCAUCUGGAACAAAACUAUCACAUUCCUUACAUAAUAAUGGAGUAGAGCCUAUUCCAUGCAGUUCUUUAAAAAGGACUCUUAGAUAUUUGAGAAAAGCUGUCUCAUCAACAGGUAUGGAAGGAAACUCCAAUGAAAUGCAAUAUGUAAGAAGCAAUCGUCAUCACAGAAAACGAGAAGAUAAAGAUUAUUCUAGAUUGUGCUUAUCAGAUAGUGAAGUUCGUCAUACUCGUAAAUCUCAAGAUUUUCAUGGACAUACUAUCGGUUGUGGCCUACGCUCAAAACAGAAGCAGGGUCAUUCUCGUCAGAGUAUGAAUUUUGAAUUAUUUUCAAAAAUUUCUGAUGGAAAUAAAUGUAGUUCAACAAAUGUUUUAUCAUUACCUGAGAAUGAUAAAACAGUGAAACAAACUCAAAAAAUUACAACUUCAAGACAGCAGUCUCGUGUACCUGAAUGGAUUCAAAGAAUUUUUUCUGUAGCCAAGAAAGGAGAUGUAGUAUUAUUAAAAACUGCUUUGAAGGAUAUGGAUGCUGCUCUUAUUAGAAAUCUGUCUGAUCACAAUGGAAAUAAUUUAUGGCAUAUAUGUGCUGCAUUUAAUCAUUUGAAAUGCCUUCAAUGGUUGUGCACAUAUGAUGAUCAAGAUGUUUUAGUAGAUGAAAACAAAAAUGGUUUAAAUCCUGUUGUUAUUGCUGUAAAGCAUGGCAAUUUUGAAUUGACACAAUGGUUAAUUCAGCAUACAUCAGGAGUGACUCAAGUUGCACCUCCAGAAGGGACUAGGUCUUUAUUACAUUAUGCUGCCAAAUAUGGAAGAGAAAAAUUAUGCUAUUGGUUAUCUGACUAUAUGGAAGAAAAUAAUAUUGACAUUAAUAGACGAGAUUCUGGUGGAAACUCAUCUUUACAUCUUGCAGCAAAGUAUGGUCAUAUAGAAUGUGUAAAAUGCCUAAUAUUACAUGGAGGUGAUUUAUUGGCAAAAAAUGAACUUGGUUUUAAACCAUACAACUUGGCAAUGUGCAAUGGACAAGAAAUUUGUGCAGAUUACCUUGUAGCAAUGGAAACCUGUUUUGUAUUAGCAGCUGAGCAUUUAUUUUUAGAAGGAGACAUUCAACAGCUAGUGUUCUUGAUUCAAGCUCCCAUAGAGAACAUUUUAAACUUUGUGAUAGUGUGGGCUAGUGUGAAACAAGUUCAGCUGGAAAUAAAUGAUUGGAGAGCUGAGGAUCUUGCUAAGCAAGUAUAUGAUGAAUGUGCUGCUUUAUAUAGGCUUUCGGGGAGAGAAAAUAAACAGUAUUUAACGGAAGCAUGGUUGGAAGAAUAUAGUCAAUGGUUAUCUGAAGUAGCACCAGACGAUAAAGAUAAAUUGCAUUUAAUUGAAGAAAAUUGGAGAAAAGUUAGAAGAAAACAAAUUAAGAAAAUUGAAGAUCGAAGUGCUUUGGAUAUAAUAAGGUAUAAAUUUUCACAGAUCAUGUGUAAAGCUUCAGAAUCACAUUACGGAUCUGAAAUGAGAAUAAUGUCAUCAUCAGAAACAUCUCUGUCAGAAGAGAGUCUUCCAAGUGAAGAAGAACUGCCAAAUCCUUCAAUUUCAUUAUCUGAUUUAGGAUCAUCCAAAUCUAGUUUUAAAUUAUUUAACAAAUUUUCUUCACUUUCUGACAAAGAUGUAAAACAUGAAUCAGAUAAUACAUCCAGUGAAGUUUUACUAAAUUCUGAGAGCUCAGCUGAACAUAAUAAUGUUAUUAAUUCCUGUAAAGAUUCAAAUCAGAAAGAUUUUAAAACUGUUAUUGAAACUACUCAUGUACCACAAUAUUCUGCAGAGUGUCAUAAAAGUGUAGAUAGCUCUACUAAGUCCUAUAGACACCAUACAGUUUCUGCCCAGGCUGUUCCUCCCACAACGCUUUCAAAUGUUUCAUCGGCAUUAAGGUGGGAUAUUAAUCUUAGACUAUUUUUUGAUAGAAAUCCUGAAUUACGACAGGAAGGUAAAACGUGCUCUGUUUUAGAAGUUUUAGAGCCAUCAAGCAGUGAAAGUGAAGAUUGGAUACAGAAAAAGAAAAAAACUAAGCAUUCCAAAAAUAGUUGUAAAGAAGUAAAAUGGGAAAGUGGUAAUAGUUCAUCAAGUUCAAUGCAUUCAAGUUCUGAUUGUAAAUUACAUUCUACAUCAUAUUCUCAAAAAAAUUUUCAAAGUAUGCCAAUAAGUAAUUGCAAUAAAGAUAUUGAAUUUGUGACUAAUGAAAAUAAGAGUGAAGUAAUUGAUAAUUUGAAAAAAUGCAAGUUUAAUUCCUCUGCAAAAAACAUAGCAUCAUUUGUUGCUUUAGAGCAGGAUAAUAAAUUAAUGCCUUCAAGUUCUCAAUAUGAGACUCAAACUCAACCAUUUCAUAACAUUGUAAGCAGUCAAAAAGGAAAGAAUAGUUCAUCUGAUGAUCCAGUCCCUCCUUCAGACCCAGUACAAAAUAAAUCAGAAAGUGCAUUUGCUAUUACAAAUUUGAAAAUACAUUCACAAGAUGGAUUACAGAAUAACAGUUGUGAAACACAACACUUUUCAGAACCUGAUCUGAUUAAAGGUACACAGAAAGUAAAUUUAACACAUAAUAAGAUUAAAAGAAAUGAAAAAUUGGAAUUGAAUAACAAAUUAAUAAACAAAGCAGAAAACUGUGUAGAUAAAGAUGUUAUAGAAUGUUCCUCAGCAUCUGUUGCUGAAGAAUUAGACAAUAAACGAGACAUUGAACAGAUAUUUCAUAAUGAAGCUGUAGAUAAAUUGAAUUCUGAAGUAGAAACAACUAAUAGUACUUCUAAUGUGAAAAAAAAAAGUUUUCUACUAAAAUUUUCUCUGAAAGGAAGAUGGUCUUCUAAACAGAAACCUCAACCAACAAAGAAAAUUGAAGAAAUAACCCCAGAAGAAUUUAGAGAAACAUAUUCUAGAUCAGCUUUCCAAAAUGUAAAUGAAAAUAACCAUGUAAGUUGUGAUUCUCUUUUAUCUAGUCAAAAUAGCAAAAUUGAUGAAAAUAAACAAGCAAUACAAACUACAUAUCAGUCAAAAGUAAAUAUUGAAACCUCUCAAAAAGAGACUAUAGAUUAUGUUGAAUUAAAAGGAUUAAGAGAAUCUGAUUAUUGUAAUAUGAAGUGCACAUUAGACAAUUCAAAUUCUCCAAAGACUUGUAUAUUGCCUUCUGAAUAUAUUCCACCACCUAUGGUGCCUUUACCUUUACGAAGGGAACCCCCUCCAAUUCCUGUUUCAAAUAUAAAAGAAGUUAUAUCAGAAGAAAUGAAUGCCAAUCAGCAGUUAGAAAUUUCCUCAAAUACUCACAAAAGAGAAGGAAGUAGAAUCGACAAUUUAUCUUGUACUGAAGAUGAUGUAGUUACUGGUGUAUUUCAACCUUCACAAGUUAAACUAGCCUCAAUAACACCAAGGAUUUAUAUACCUUCCCUGUCAGAUGGUGGUCAUAAUUCAAUAACACCUUGGUCAUCUACAGUAAAAUCUGAUUCAUUGUCCCGACCUUCUUCAUCUGCCUCUCAUUUAGAUUCUCCUUCUAGAUCAGAUGAUACUUAUAAAAGUGGAUUUCCUCUUCAUAAGGAUUCUUCUGCUUCAACAGAAAUGCUUCUCACCCUAGAUUCAUCAACUGCAGGACGGCAAUCACCUGCUCCAAGUGAAAUAUCUAAGACAGAAAGUGCAUUAUCUCCUCCUAGUGAUGUUUCUAAAACAGAAAGUAUACGCCAGUUAAACCAAUUGGGAAAAAUUGAAGAAUCUGCUAAUAUUCGUAGAGAAUCAUCAUGUACAUUAGUGGCAUUUCAAGAAAAUGUUAAUUCACCCACAGAAACAGCUGUAGAAAAAUGUGUAGAUUCUAUAGAUAAUUUAAUAGACAGUAGAAAUGUAAAUUUGACAUUAGAAACAAAUAUAACAGAAAAUGCUGAAACAGAAGAAGAAACUUCUAAGCUAAAAAUGAACAUCAAUAGGAAGAAUGAGAUGGGAGAUAAACCAUGGUAUGGGCCGGAUAAAAACUGCAUUCAGGCUGUAAGUUGCCAAUCCUUGCCACAUGCAAAUAUAAAUCCAAUUGAAGUUGAUAACCAGAGAGAGCGAAUCAUCUAUUAACAGUUAAAAACAUAUUGUGAAAAAAAAUUUUAUUAUUUUUAUUUCCAAAAACUGUAAUGUGUUUACAAGACCAAAAGGAAGGUAUAGUGGCUAUUAAUUAGCAUAAAAUAUUUGUCAGACAAGAGCUACUUUUGUUACUUUUGCUAGUAAAUAGCAAAAUUAAAAUAUUUUUUUUAUGUCAAAUGCAGUUGAUUUUUUUUAAAUUUCAAUUUUUGUGUUUGGUAUGACAUUUUUUCAUAUGCAAAUAUUUUACAGGCAUUGAACAAUUAAUUAUCAGCAUUGUAGAAACUGUUAUAUUAUUAUCUAAAGACUACUGUUAUUUCCCUUAAUGUUUACAUAUAAGAUUACUAGUGAUCAAUUUAACAU